AUGGAAAGGAAAAAUCUUAGAUUUUGUGUGAUCACGCGUAAAAACGUUCUAAAGAUUUUCGUUUUAAAUCUAUUUUAUAUCGCCUUGGUGUCAUGCGCUAGUAUAUCGACACAACGAGAGGAUAUUUUAGUUCAAAGCGCUACGCCGUUAGAGGUAAAUCCUUUAAAAGAAUGCGAUUCAGGGGAGAGCAACCAGGUUAAGUGCAUUAAUGCACCGGUGUGCCAAUCAGAAAGUUGCAGAACGAUUGCAAAGCUAAUACAAGAAGUUAGAAACGAAUCGAUGGACCCUUGCGAAAAUUUUUACGAAUAUGCGUGCGGUAAGUGGAUUAAAAACAACCCCGUACCGUCGGGGCAUCUACAGUUCUCCAGGAUAACACAAUUAUCGAAAAAUAACGAAAGGAUCAUGAAAAAAGCGCUGGGAACAAUCAAACCCGAAGACACAGAAACCGUCUUGAAGGUGAAAAAUUUUUAUCAGUCUUGCUUGAAUGUAAAGAAAAUCGACGAGUUGGGAAAUGGACCCUUGCUGGAUUAUAUCAACAGUUUGGGAUCCUGGUCCCUGUCCAGUAAAUGGCAUCCAAGGAGAUGGAAUUUUUACGAUGUGUUGGCAAAGGUACAAAGAGAUUAUCCAGUUGAAGUCUUCUUCAGCGUCAAUGUUAUUCAGGAUCCUGUAAAAAAGAAGGAAGACGACCAGAAGAAGUAUAUUAUACUCGUGAGUAUGUUAUAGGCCCAUGUAAAGGAAUUCGAAUACCCGGAUUCCGAAAUUUUGGGCUUUGGAAUCGUAAUACAGCUCAAGUAAUCCGGGAUCCAACUUAACUGACAGAUUGGAAUCCGGAAUCCGAGUUCCACACACAAAGAAUCCGAAAUCCAAUUCCUGGAAUCCAUAGAAUCCAGAAUCCAAGACUGUCUUGAAUUCUCAUACAUGGGGCCAAUAUUUUAAUAUGUAAAAGGCAAAAUUUUCAAAGCUACUGCUCCCACCUCCCUGACUGGCUAACAGCCAUGCUUAUCUUGUUUUGCUGCGUCUAAGGAUUCGCACUGGCUUUGCAGUCGGCUUAGGUUGCUGAUCGUCUCUUGAAUUGGUUGACUGUACAUUUCUUUGCAUUCAUUGCAAGGCUACAAAGUGACACUUCCUAAAAAUAAUUUCACGUGAACAAAAAACAACAAUGUUCUUAUUCUUUUUCUGAAAGUAGUGGAUAAAGUCCUUAAGAAUUCAACUCCAUAAAAAUUAACUGAAAUGUGUUAAGUCAGGGUGAAACGAGCUAUUGUAGUCUAAGUUAAUUCAUAGGAACCGAUAGCGGCUGAAAUCGAACCUUGGUUGCUUCUUAUUGUUUGGCGAUGUGCUGGCCAUAUAAGGAUAAUAAACGGUGCUAACAAUAAAUGUUUUAUCUUCUCAUUUAGAUUGACCAAGCAAAGUUGAACCUUCCUCAGAUUAUUUACUUCACUAGCAAAAAGGUAAGCAGACAAGAGGUUAGGUAGACUGCUAGUACAGUCAAACUACUAUUACAUAUAAAUGGUCACUUUCUUGGCGGACAGUCCAUACAUUGACUCCUGUUUAAGCCUCUCUAUAACGGCCACUUUAUUCUGCCCCCAAGGUUGUAGCCGUUGUGGAGAGGUUCAACUGUAGUCCGUCUCCUUUUUUAGUCUGUCCAGUGAAGAGGCUUGACAGGUCUCUAGAGAGCGAUUUUCCUUACGGUGUUGCCUCGUACGAUGUAUCAGUGCACAUAUCAAAAGUUUGCUGCAUCUCUCCGGCCUAAAAAACAAAAACAACUCACUUCUUUUUCCCCGGGACCAUUAACCUAAAUUUUUGGCCUUAUCCAGUCGUUUACUUGGAGUGUGGCGCAAAGUCAGAGAGCGGGUGUGGGGGCGGGGGGAGAAGGAGAAAAGGAGGGGAAGGGAGGCAGAAAGGAACUUCCUUCUCUUUCUCUCCCUUCCCCACCUCCUCACUGUUUUUCUUUGUCACUAAAAUCUCUUUAAGUGCCUGGAACAGGCUAAAUGUUUGGUCGUUAACUAAGCUAAUUGUCGUAUUCAAUUCCUUUUUUCGCUGCUUUAUCGAUCGCUCUUUUAGAUUUUAAAAGAAGUGUGGGAGUACAUGUCAUUAAUUACCAGUUUGUCAGGAACAGAAGCAAACGAUUCCAAAGAUGCAAUGAAAGAAUUACUUGUCUUUGAAGGAAAUCUCGCCUUGGUAAGUAUAAUUUUUUCGUAACUCUACAUUAAAGAGGUUAUUUGGGAACGGUCAAAGACCAAAAUAAACAGUAUCACAGGAAAAUGAUGCUCAGUGGCUUUCAUUUUCAUCUUACAAUCACUCCAUAAUAUAAAUAUUAAGAAACGGCCCAGAUAAGAACGAUAGCAACAACGGCAACGAACACGUUGAAAUGCAAAAAAGGUGCUAACUUUUCUAUUUUCUGUACUUACUUCUGAUUGGCUUAAACAGCAAAAGUUAACAAAACUUCAUAAAGCAGUACAUAUAUUUAUCCUUACUUCCCAACCAUCUUCCAUAUAACAAAAUCUGGUCUCAGUUUGAAUAACAAAGAAAUCCUAUGUGGAGAACAUGUAAAAUUGUAAACUUUUCUUGGCAAUUGUUUUCAACUCUUGUGAUUGGUCAAAAUCUUUUAACUUGGCUAUUGUUUUCAACUCAAGUGAUUGGUCAAAAUCUUUUUCGCGCAAUAACUCGACUGGAAACGCUUGCUACGCAGGCUACUUUUAACACAAAAAAACACCCUUUCAAAGUGGAGUGUAAAUGCAUUUUAUUGCGUAAACGGCCUUCGUGUAGGUAAAUGCAUUCUCUGUGUAAAAAUGAGAACAUUCCUAUGUGGGGAAAGCACCGUUGCCGCAUAACAAAAGAAAUUGCUAUCCACCUUACCCGGAUCAUUACUUAAUACAGUUUCAUAACUUAAUUAUUAUUCAAUUGUACAAUAGUAUUUAAUGCUGAAAGGAAAAUACUCACACUAUAAGAUUUCAUCUACACACUCAAAAGUUAGAACCACCUUGUACAGCACAAUAAUCAGUACCACAGCGGGAAAAUAUUUGAAAAUGUAUUAGUUGUUUUUUUUUAACAGUUUUUGGUCUAACACGUUACUAUUUUAUAAACCAUUUUUAACCAAAAAGGGACCCCUUUCCUAUUCCUUCCAUUGACAAAUGGUACCCCUUUUAGUUACCUGGUUUAGAAUAUUGCACUCAUUUAAGAGCCGUAAAUGCACUCUCUUUUAAACAUGAAUUAAUCACCAAGCCAGAAUACUUUUCUCGACUUUUUCCCAACCAUAAAAUGCAUCUGUUAGCCCUUUUGGACCUUUUUACCGAUGAAAUGACAGAUUUCCUUAUCCUUUUACAUACUACAACUAGUGAAAUCCCUACCCUUUCAUAUACCUGAAGCCUGAAAAAAGGUAUCCCUUUUGGGCGGAGCCUCCCCGUAUAAGACAUUAUAGGGAGUACCCUCCCCCCCGAAAUUUUAUUCUUUCAUAUGUUUUCCUUCAGUACUGGGUCCCUAAAGUUUCCAAGAAGUACGUUCGCAUUCCGGUUGGUAAGCUGGCAGAUGCCCUCCCUGAGGUAAGAUUGUCAAAUGAUUGUCAAUUUUGCGCGAGAUAUAUAUAGACACUUUGGGGGGUGGGGGUGGGGGAGUUUUGAGAGGUUUUUAACUUCCCUCAAUUUGACUGGGGCCAUUCCAUCCGCUUGGUUAUCUCGCUAUCGUCUAUGAGAUGUAACCCAAAAAGGCUGUGUUAAAACAAGCUUGAACUCGUAAGAAUUACCAUGGCAACUGAUAUAAGAGUUACCUUGUAAAGGGAGUAAGGUCGUUUUGGUAGAUGGAUAGAUAGUUCAUCAAAAAAUAUUUUCACAGCAGCCAAAAAUACAAAAAUAUAUAUACAAAAAGUCUAGAAACUAAAUAUCAUUAACAUGUCAUAUAACUACAUAUUUAAUUCAUUAGAAAUUUGUCAUAAAAGGUAAAAAGGAUUACCCGGCCAAAAUGAUUUGUACUACAAAUGGGAACAUUAAAUAUAAGUGGCCGUCUGAGGUAAUAUAUGGGCUGAUGUCUCUGGGGGAGUAUAUAAAUGGUGAAGGCAGAGGCUUGUGAGAAUGAGAGCACAUCGUUAAAUAGGUUAGAGCAAGCUGCUUCCCUCCCACUUCCCAGGAUGAAGAGACCACGUAGAUAGAUUCUGAAGCUAACAGUCAUAUCCAGAAUUAUCUAUUUCCCCAUUUUCCUCCAUCAGUUUCCCUGGCUGGAACACUUACGAAAGGUUCUGUCGCGUCCAGACCUCUCAAAAGACGAAAUGGUCAUAGUUCUAGCCAAUGAUUACUUGCAGAACAUGAUCGACUUAUUGCGCAAGACAGACAAAAAGUAAGUCAGGCUCGAAUACUUAAGUUCAGUUUCCUGCGCUUUGUUCGUGCGACAAUCCUUACUAUAUACGUAUACCCAGGGGGAGGGAGGGUUCUCUGGGUUUAAAGUGACGGGGACGAUCAAAGGAAUUUUUGGGUUUAAAAUUUACUUUAUCUCUGUUUUGUAAAAGAGCAUAAGCUUGAAAUGUGAAAGAAAAGGACUGGGUCGAAAUAAGAGAGCGGCGUGCGAAACACUCCGCAGUCCCGCUCUAAUCACUUCGUCCUAGUUCUCUCUCGUUCAUACCUCCUUUUUAUGGUAAGGCUUGGUUGGGUGAAAAAGACCGACUGAAAACGUUCUAGCGGGUAAUUAACAAAUCGAUCACGAUAACGUCAAAAUGAGCAAAGUUUCGAACAUUUUGACGUCAUUUCUAUGGUUAAUAAGAGUACAGACCAUGAUAAAUUGCUGUCGAUUUGUUUUCAACGAUAACAUUGACAGCUGGGGAGGGCUGGAAGAAUACGUUCUCGCCUCCUUUCAAACCAUCCCCCGCCCCCUAAGUACAUUUGAUACUUCACCCAAGAUGGCCGCCGGUAACCAAAGCGCUAGCGCUCGAUCUUGGUCAAGGUUUGGAGGUUAAGAAGGUGUAUCUUGAUAUGAGUAUCAUUACCAGUUCCCACCUGAACUCCAUAGUCAGUUAAAGUGUUUUCCUUCCUUAUAUCUAUAGGUGCUACCUUUUAUUUAUUUCACUUUAUUUUUGCUUUCUCUUUACUUACUUUCUUUUGGGGACUUAAUAGGAGACAAUUAUUGUAUUGCUGCCCACCUAGAAUAGCUCCGCUAAUAGUCCAGUUUCGAAUUAAAAAUUACCGCUGAAUACAAACAUUAACGACACAUUCAUACAGGGUUAGCCUCGACGUAAAGUAAAUAUUCAGAAAUUCUGGCAAGUAAGUGUUUGAAAUUUUAACAUACACAAUAGACACAGUAAUAAACAGGUCUUUUUCUCGUUGGAAUUUGUGAAUAUAUUACUUCAGAUGGAGGCUAAGGCUGUAAAAGAUGUGUCUUCACUUCUUUAAUUCAGCGGUCAUAGCGAACUCGAAAAUGGACUAUUGUGGGUAACAUAGUCUUAAAUAUUUGAUAAUUGAAUAAAAUGUUGUUGUUGGCGAUCUUAUAGAAAAAUAGAGGACUGUGAACAGUCUAAAGAAAGUGAAAAACAAAUUGCGCCACCAUCACGUCAUUUCCAUGGUCUGUAUUCUUAUUGACCAGAGCUCUCGACCAAUCAGCACACGAGAAAUCUUUCAGUUAUUGUAAAAUUUUUAUUGUUGUUUACAGGAUAUUGUCUACGUAUAUCAUAUGGCGGGCGAUAAAAGACCAGGUACCGUUGCUCUCCAGACCAUUUCGAGCAGUUCACGAUGAAUUCCGGAAGAGACUUUUAGGCAGCAAAUCAAACAAGACAAGAGAAGCAACGUGCUUUAGCUACACAAACAACGUUUUGGGUCCCAUGCUAGGGGCAGUGUUUAUACGCAAUGCAUUCUCGCCGGAGAGUAAACAGAAGGUACAAGAGAGAGUCCCCAGGGUGCUUCAAUCCCGUAAUCCCGACCCAAAAUUUCGGGCAAUCCCGUAAUCCCGAGGGUUAUUUUUGGCAUCCCACUUCCCAAGCAUACUUUCAAUCCCAGAACACGCCCCGAUUUUGCUUUCAAAUCCCGAUCUCCGAGCUUGAAAUUUCCGGGUGCCGAUAAACCUAUCGAGGACCCUCAUAUGACUGUGUGGCAGGAUUUUUGAAAAUGUACCUACCGAACCAAACAAACUUGCAGUCAUUUACUCGAAAAGAGGCCAAAAGGAAGGUUUCAUGCAUCCCAUAAGUCCAAAAUCACACUAAGGAAGGAAAGGGAGAGGAAAAAUAGAGAGAGCAAGGAAAUAAUGAAGGAAAGCGAAAAGAAAAAAGCAAUGGUUGUACUCCUAGCUUUUAUAUUGGUUACUUUGGAGACGGUGACGAAAAAGGUCUACUUUGGCAGUAACGUUUUGAAAAAUUCAGCUAGAUGUACAUAUUUUGUUAAUAUCAUCUGGCAUUAAAAUUUAAUGAUGAGUUUGACGACAAUAACAAUGACAAUACGAACAAAAAUGAUAAUGGCCCUCGCAUAUAAUGACAGUCACUGGUGACGGUGACUUACAGGGACGCGGCCCUCUUGUGAGAUCCAUUGUCAUUUUGUUCGUAUUUUCAUUGAUAUUGUCGUCAAACUCAUCGUUAAAUUCAUUACCAAACGCCAUCGCUGUCAUUAUCAUUGUCGUUGUCGUUAUUGGUUCUCGCACUUGCUCCGAAACACCUACAUAUCCAAAUUCCAGUUGCAGUCGAACCCCUCCACAACGGUCUUGUGUCCCCAGGGUAGCCGUUGUGCAAUGGCGGAUUUAGGGGUUUUAGACCAAACUGAGGCCCGAAGGGCCGAAAACAAAUUUUUGGGAGACCCGGUCCACCCCUUAUCUCAGGGUCUGGAUGACAGCCCCCCCCCUAUCGAAACGUCUGGAUCCGCCACUGUUGUGGACAGGUUCAACUGUAAAUCAGUGGGAACUGCGAUCAGGUGUAAACGGACCGGGGUUACUUUGUGGACGUGCCACCAUCAAACUCAGUUCUUCAUCUUAUUUGACUUCAUCAUUUACUUAUUUGGUUCCAGGGAAAACUCUUUCAAAAGCCAGCGUCAUUUUCCAAUAUGGAAAUUUCCAUUCCAUGAACAAGGUUUUCAAUUCAUAUUUGCAUAUUCAGGACUUUUAUUAUCUGUUUUAAGGUUGAAGUAAUGAUGGAGGGCAUAAUUCAGGCGUUUUUGGACCGCGUGUCUGGAGUAGGCUGGAUCGACAACCAGACAGUGGAAGCCGUCAGAGAAAAAGUACGAAUAACUCGCUGUGAAAAAACAGUUCCAUGAUAGUAAUGCAGCCGCGUUCCCUAAUCCUCUUAGCCUGUUUACAGACCGUUUUUUCUCUUUAUUUUCAUUUUCUCUUUUGCAAUGGGGUGGAGGUGGAGAAAAGGAAAAAGCAGUUUUUUUACUCCCGCUCUUCGCUCGUUGUUUUUCUCGCUGUCGAUUUCUCCACAAAAACUUGAAAAGGUCUGUUAACAGGCUUUAAUCCUUUUUGUCAAAUAACAUAAACAAUUUGUCAUUGUUAAAUUUUUGUUUGUUGUUUGUUUGUUUGUUAUUUGUAAAUAGGCAGAUGCAGCUGUUUAUAAAGUAGGAUAUCCUGAUUAUUUGUGGAAUGACGAAUCAUUUGCUAAGAGAUACUCUAUGGUAUGCUUACAUUAGAAAUUAUCGCAUAACCAGUGUUGCCAGGCUUCUUGAUGAUUACCAGAGGGUUUCUGGAGACUCUACGGCGUUUCUUUUCCCCUCUUUUGUUGUAUUUUUCACCCUCGCCUUAAUAUCGCAUCGUCUGUAACAGGCUCGAUCAUGUCUCUUUGAAAAUAUUGAGUGACGGUUAAAAACUCAUUUUUGCCACUUUAAGGCUAUUGAGAGUCUUAACAUUAAAUUCAAACAACUGUAGUGACCAAUUCCUCGGUAGUAUAGUGGUGAGUAUCCCCGCCUGUCACGCGGGAGACCCGGGUUCGAUUCCCCGCCGGGGAGGUUUUUAUUUUUUCCCUCAUCUGACGACCAGAGGCAGAUAGCUGUAGGUUUUUUUAAAAGUGGACGAGGGUGAAACAAAGUUAGUGUUAGCUUUCUUUUUAUCCAAUCUUACGCCAGAUUCUCGCCGAAAAUCGCUUGUCAGCUUCAAAUAACAGGACAGCAUAUAAGCUACCCUAAGAACUGAGAAUUUCCGGAUCAAUGGAGGUUUCUAAUUCUGGCUAACUGCCCGCAUACCCCUCCCCUAAGCCAGCAUUUUGCCCUAACUGAGAAGUAAGUGUUAAUGUUGACAUUUGGGGAGGGGUAGGUGGGCACCGAAUUUCCCGACUGGAGGAGUUUUCGUCGCCAUCUAAUUUGUUAUUUCGUAUGGAAUUUAAAUGCUGUCCUGUUUGAAUGUAGUGAUUCCCCACUUUAACAGCAUCCAAUUUGUUUCCUUAUUGUCUCAUUUGACUUUCUAUCUUUUUCCAGUUGAAUGUCUCGGCAGACCAAUGGUUUACUAAUGUUCUUAACACGGAUAAAUUCUCAAACUAUCAGACGUACACCAAGUUGGGGAAACCAGUGGACAGACACCAGUGAGUGUUUUUUUAAGCCGUCUUCUUCCGUUAACCCACUGGGCGCAAGAGAGAGAAUUGUGUGAAUUCUGGUCGUUUUAGCCUCUGUUCACACUAUAGGUGAAUCUUUGUUUACACUUUUUGCCUCAUUAACAUAUGCUUAUUACUAACUGAUGACGCUAAUAAAAUAAAAACUCUGAAUAUUGAAAGAGCAUAACAGUUUCAGUUGUCUCUGAAAAUUUGAGUCCAAUACCCCGAAUGGUUUCGGAGAAAUUCUCUUCGAAAAACUCGAAAUUUUACGGAGAAUGUAUAGCUCGUUAACUUUUUUGCCACACAGCAAUUUCGCAGUUUUUGAUGGCUGAUAUUUCAAUCAGUAUUUCUUGCAAAGAGCUGAAAAUUGCACAAAUUGCUCAAAACUUAAUCAGCUCUUUCAACUUUUGCACUUAGUUCCUAUAUACGACCACGGCUUCUGUGAGUUAAGUCGUAUGCUAAUGAGGAAAAAUGUAAACAAUGACGUCAGCAAAGAUUCGCCUAUAGCAGAUAGCUUUAAUAAAUCAUAUCGGAUAGGGCGUCUUUUCACACACCAGAACGGUUGUGGCGGGCCAAUUUUUGUGACGUAGCGAAGCUGUGCCGCACCGAUCACGAAAUUGGAGAGUCACAUAUCGGAUAGGUUCUGUGUCACUCUUUGGUGCAGUAUAAACGGGUAUUCAGACCGUGGCGGAAGUGGAUAAGUAGGAGCGAGGAUUGGAACCCACUAGGACGGAAGUAAAUAUUCAGGAGUGAAGACUGGAAUUGAGUGCACCAAAUCCUCUCUGCCAAUCACGCCGGCACGAUGUUCGAUGAGUGUGAACGAGUUUUUGCCGCUCCGGGACGUUGCUGUUCACACUUUACCGGACAGCUUUUAGUGGCGCCACGAACAGCUAUCAUUUAGCAUGACAUAUUGUUUGGUUAGGUUUGACUAACACGUGCUAAAUAACCACUUUUUCUCAUUAUCACCGAUCCCUGCCCUCAACGCUGUCGUUGGCUUUGACCCGGUGGUAUAAAGUCUGAUAUUGGUUUGUAUUUGAUUGCAGGUGGAUAACCGUUCCUCAGUUGGUAAAUGCGUUUUAUGUUAUAACUAAAAAUGAAAUAGGUAGGUGUGAACUCAAACGAACCUAAUAGGUUAUCUUCUCGUUACAAAACUCUCAUUUUCAAAACGCUACCAAGAGCAAAACCUUUGUUGAGAAAAUGGCUUAAUUUGCAUGAUAAUAAAAGGUCACUUCCUCACUUUGAAACAGGGUUGUAGGACAACUCGAAAUUGGCCUAUUAUUUCUGAAAAUUCUAUAUUUUCACAUCUCCCAUAAUGCACCUUGUCCCCCUCCAAAAAAGAAAGGCCAUGCAAUUUUUUUUUUUGGGGGGGGGGGAGGAGAGGGCGAGGGGUACACAAGAUGUAUUACUGAGGAUGCGCAAAUAGCGAAUAGUGUAUGUGAGAAUGUGUCUAUGUUAUUGUUAUGGCGGUUGUUCACAGUAGUGUAAAAUUAUUAACACCUGCCAUUAUUUCUACAGUGGUUCCCGCUGGAAUUUUACAGCCGCCAUUUUUUUACGCCAACGACAUACCAAGGUAGGGUGCUAAAGUAGAGUCAUUUGAACACUGUAUCAAAAAUGUAGCUAAAAAACAUAGAUAUAAUGUUCCUUAAGUCGACUUUGUGGCUCAAAAGACGAACGUACAGCACUACAGCUAUUGUAGCUCUUCUAAGAAGUUAGCUAUUAUGGGUAUGAAGUCUCUUUAAGACAACGAUUCUCAAGUCUCUUGUUCCCACUUUUCAGGGCUUUGAGCUAUGGUGCAAUUGGUCACGUGCUUGGUCACGAGCUCACACACGGCUUUGAUACGACAGGUAAGAGUCAGUGAUCAAUGAAUCACUAGCCGGAUUGAUCUUUAACCUUUUCACUGCCAAAUGUGACCAAAGUCAAAUUCGACAAAAAAAUCCUAAAUUUCGUUUUGUUAAAUGUUUAAAAACAAAUAUCAUCACAUGAAAGUACUUCCAGAGAGAUUUCGUUUUAAUGGUCAAGCCAUAGGAUUUUGUCCACAGACGUACAAGCUAGAACCACUUCACAAAACACCAUAUCAUUUACUCUGGCAGUGAAAGGGUUAACUUGAAUAGUUACUUUGUUAUUUGUCUAUAGCGAACAAAGCCAAAUAAGCCCGCAGCAAAAGAAUAAUGGGUCCCAGUCUUGUGCCAUCCUUGAAACGAGAAGUAAACUGGAGCCGUGAUGCGUCCCGCUAAUGUUUCUGGGAUCGUUACUGGUGACGUACCGGUCAGCUAUUGGUCAAUUUCUUUUCCUGUCCCUAGUAACAGUCCCAGAAGUCUUUGCGAAAGUAAACUCGGCCUAGUUCCCCUCUUAAUUCUAAAGUGGAGAAUUUUCCUCUCUUUCCUGUGAGCAAGCUUCCUGCCCACUCACACCUCUCGAAUCUCGAAAACGGGUGCUCAGGGUACGAUCAAAACUGUGUUACGAAUGCUUCCUCACCAUGGCCGUGUCUUUAUUUGCUCUUGAUUCGGCUUCGGUGAUUCACGACAAUGUGUAUCAACUUAAGUUUCUGGCAUGCAUGUAUCAAAUAUUACAUGGACGGGAGAAUUUUUAUACUUGUUGCAGUGAGCAAAGAGGCUUCGUGCCUCACUUUCAUGUCUUAAGAAUACACAUAUGAUAUCUCGGAUGACAGAUACGCUCCCUACUGGCAGCUGGAGAAACGGAACAUUGAUCAGUCACAUUAAGAAUCAAAAAAAUACACUGAUAUAUCCAGAUUGCAUGCACUCUCUACUUCUACACUUGCUCCAGACCCUCUGUGUGCCUUCGUUUAGACCAAGCACUCUUUCUGUCAUUUCAUGGAAAAUAAACAAAAUGCCCCAAUGAUUGUUUUCAGGUCGGAAAUUUGACAAAAAUGGAGAACUGAUUGAGAAACGAACCCACUGGAGCGAGCCCUCGAUAAAAACAUUCCAAGAGCGAGCCAAAUGCCUGGUGGAGCAGUUUUCCAAGUACAAAGUUCUCAACAAGUUUUACGUAAGUUUUAACAGUAAAAAACUGAACAUCAAGGUAAAAAGAUAGAUUAAAUGAGGAAAACAACAAGUUUGCACGUGCAUCAUGCAUACAUUUUUAUGUAUAUUUCUUUACCGUCACUGCACGUGGUUCACCCGUGGGUGAGGACGCAAACGACCCGCAAAAGAUGGUUCUUAGGAGUUCAACUUCAGGAAAAUUCCCAUACAUUUAACAAAGUAAGCGAGUUGGAAUAAUUGCGAUGACGUUUGAAAGAACGCGAGAUCACCUUUUAACUACACUUUUCGCUGCCGUCGCUGUCCUCAAAUCUUAAGGUUCCUAUUUACUAAACAAGACAGGUCCUCAUAGAUUGAUAAACACCAACACAGUCCAUAUAUUGUGGCAGGUAAUUAUUAAAUGAGAAAAAAAAAACAAACGAACUUUGUUUUUUCCAGCCUCAUUCAGAAACCCGUGGUCAAAUACCGGGAAAUGCUCAAAGCGACUAAAGAAAUUCAGUCCCGUACUAGUUCUCAACGAGCGCGAGCAUGGCACGUGUCUUUCACAUGCGCAGCAACUGUCGCGCCCGCUAUAUGUUUAACUUCGCAUUUUAUCUAUUGCAUGUUUCAUAACAAUCGUCACAGGUCAAUGGCCUACAAACUCUGGAAGAGAACAUAGCUGACGGAGGAGGCCUGGUGAUAGCUCUCCAUGUAAGAUAUCAUGUGAUAACCUCGUGUUGUUUUUUGUUAAAUGCACAGAUUAGUGGGAAGAAAACUCUGGGCGAGAACAUUGCUGAUCUGGGAGGAGUCAAUCUGGCUUACCAUGUAAGAUCUUGAUUUCUUCUCAAUUUCGCAGUCACAACUCGUGGUGGCCUUAUGACGCUCCCAGGAUUUUACUGACAUUUUAUUAUUUUUGGAUAUAUAAUGGUUUUAACUGUACGACAGUAACGUUUACAUGGCUUUUAAAAAUUUCGCCCAUGACGACAAUCCAAGAUCUCAAAGACAAAGACAGAAAAUUAAUAGGUGUAAUAAGGAAAACAGCAAAACUAGAGAGUUUAAGCUUCACUGCUUCACUGAAAGCGUAUAUGUAAACGGGAAACGUUAGAUUCAAAUUCAGAAUUCCUCAAAAUUUAAAAUGAGCAGAUAAAAACAGCUCAAAACAAUUCUUAACGAUGAAAAAUAAAUUGCUUGAAGUUACUAAUUUAUGUGUAGAAAUAAUGAACAGUAAACGACAAGUAAAGGGGGAAACUUGGUCACGUGGUACAAAUUUGCAUUUGCCGUUUGACGCAAACGUGAUGCUUAACCUCUCUAAUCAAUAAUAAUAAUAAAACUAAAGAACGUACCUUAUAAAUGCCCAAGAACAACUGGACUGUGUUCUCCUGUCUUGUAGGCGUAUAACGCAUUCAACGAGAAAAAUGGACCAGAACCAAUAUUACCAGAGCUAAACAUGACGAGUAAAGAAUUGUUCUUUAUUGGAUAUGCGCAGGUACUUUUAGUUAUGUAACAGUACUAAACCAGUCAAAGUUGCCAAGCUGUCCCGACCAAAGAAACAAAUGUAAAACCCUAUCGACUUAAAAGCCUGUGAGGAGCAUAGGUUAACUGCGUACUAGCACAGGGCAUCCAAUCUCAUCUCACUAACAUUUUUCAAGCGUACAGACAGAGUGUGGCUAUCUCCUCGGUCAAAAAAUCCGCAUUCACGGUGGAUUACCAGAGCUUGCUCAAUUAGAUAAGACCGUUUCAGCAAGAUACCUUCACAUUCAUCAUAAUACAGGCCACUGAUAGGAGUCUGGGCUCCAGCAACUUGUUGAUUGACAGUCCCAGGACGCUUCCAAUCCGAGGACUCAUCAGGGUCUGCCUUUAAUACUGUAGGAAUGACCUCAUUGGCUUUCCACUAGGUCCUAAACGUUGCCUGUUACCUAACUUGAGUGCAACUGGACCCAUUUUCUUCUUUUUCUUAAACUUUUCGAUGAGAUAAUGUAAAAUUAAAAAAAUCGCAUCUGUUCACUUGCAGAAAGAGUGCACCCGCACCACCCCUGCUGCGGAGUUUUUGUCAGUAACAGAAGACGUUCAUGCCCUCACUAAAUACAGGUAAUGAUUUUACUUUAUUUGUACACGGUAGUAAUUUCAAUUUACAAAAUUGGUUUUCAAAUUAGCCGUAAUAUAAUACGGCGACGUCGAUUGUAGACGACCACAAGCUGACCAUGAAAGCGCCGAAGGCGCGAGGGACGCCGUGAAGCGAGCAAAAUAAGUCUCGAGUCGACCGGUUUCUCGCCGGGCAGCCGAAACUGGAAACGGGCUUUGAGAAAUUGGAUUGAAUCAACUCUAACCUUCAAAUUUGUUGAUAUCGGCCAUUUAAAAUUUGCUCUAGGACUUGGUCGGUGUUGUGUCGCAUUGCACUGUGGGACUGUUUUGGGGAAUGUUUUGAAAACUCGUUUCCUAUGCAACCUCGUAAUAAGCAAUGAAAGAACCAACCACGUUCCCUAGAACAGUGCCAUAGUGCAAUUCAGCUGGAAAACUGAUCCACCCUCAUGAGCGCGCGCAAACUCAAAAGUGGUUAAAACUAAGGGCUGAAAGAUAUUUUCUCUCGGUAUAGCUCUGACCCUGAGGAAGGCUAAUUUUGUUAGGCGAAAUAUUGGCCAAUAAUAAAUCAGCCAUUUGCAGUAGUGCCAGCCCUUCAUUUAGUUUUGUUUUAUUUUACACUUUACGUUACGUUUGGCUACAGCAUCUCUUUAAUUAGAGAUCCGGCAAGAGGAAGCAGUCAGUUAUAUUUACAUGUUUCGUGGACCUCUACAUUCAACAGUUUUUUCAAAAGUGGUUGAUACACGUCUUCGUGCACAGUGAUUCUGUGGGGUCUCACCCCAGUUAUAUAGCACCUUGAUAUUUAACGUUUCGUUCUCGUUGUGAUUUAUACUAUUUCUGGGAGAAUUUUCCAAAAUGGCAGCCGUCUAUUUGCACCGACCCCCCUACCCCCCAAGAGGCGAGUCUCUCUCGCCUUGCCGCCUGUUGGGGGGGGAGGGGUGGCUUGGGCUAAGAGACGGAUGACAUUUGAGACUACAAGAAAAUGAUGAUCUUUUUUCGUUCCUGUUUCAGGGUGAUUGGAACGUUGUCAAACUUUCAAGAAUUCUCCGAUGUUUUCAAAUGUAAAGAAGGAGCGUAUAUGAAUCCAAAGAAGAAGUGCGAAGUCUGGUGAUCGUUGCAACUUCACAAUGUCAAUCCAGGAACUGCGAUUGAAAUUUAAAGAAAUAUUAAAAUAACAACUUGUCUUAUGGCAUUUAACAAAUUAAUGGACUUUUUGCGAAGAAAACUUUAGAAGUUUAUUUCUUUGAAUGAAUAAUUAUUAAUUUACCGUAAUUUUUUUUCAAAACGGCCAAAUCAAGGUACUAAGGGCCUGUUUACACUGUACUUGGAGGUGGGGGACCCCAGGUAGGUGAGGUAACCCGCCUGUCCACAUAAUCUCUCAUUUUAAUUUGAUCACGUUUACCUGAUAGGUGAGGUGACCCGCCGCAUAUUACCUCACCUAUCUCGGGUCCCCCACCUCCAUGUAAACAGGGCCUAAGAAAAGUUAUGGAGAGAAAAUAGCGCGAAAAAUUCAUUCGCUUCGGAUUCCCAC